CCCUCAGAUACUGAUCUUUCAUGGAACGAAAAUGGUAUAUUGGAAAUGGUAUAUAUCUCUACGAUUGGGCACAAAUCACUUGGGCUUUGCCUGGCCGGCUGGGUAAUUGGCUGGUUGAACGUACGGGGCGAUCUGCGGAAGAGUGUUCUUGUCUUUCUUAUCUUUCUUCGAUGCGCUUCUGGGGUCGGCUGGUCCGCGCUCGGUAAAACUAAAUGACCAGUUGAAGGACCCUGGAUCGA